GAUUAUGAGUCUUAUUUGAUUAAAGCAUUAAUUGAUAUAUCAUCAGAUGAAAACAUUAUUAGAAAAAGCUUAGUCGAUAAACUUGGAAUAAAAUAUAGCAACUUACCAAAAUAUAUUAAAAAACAAAUAAAAGGUGCUGUAGGUAUUGUAGAAAGCCUUAAAUUAUCUUUUCAAUUUAAGAGUAAAGAUAAAUUAGUAUCUAGUAGUAAUGAAGUUUUAAAUGAUUUUGUAGUCUGCAAAGAACCUAAAGCUGAUCUUGUAUUAAGAAUGCUAUAG